AUGGGUAUAUUAACUAACGGAACACCCUUAACUUGGGAUGAAAUUAAAGAGUAUAUAACUCUUAUUAAAAGUCAAGGAAUUCGCCAGUUUAUUUCACUUUAUCAUCGAUUAUCAAACCGUCCAAAUGACAUAUUAAAAUGGGGCGAUGAGCUGGAAUACAUGGUUGUCAAAUUUGAUCACGAAAAUAAAACUGCAAGACUGUACUGUGAGGUCGAUCAAUAUCUUGAUAUAUUACAAAACUUCGAAAGAGAAAAUCCCGGCGCCAGUCCUACCUCAUGGAAGCCUGAGUUUACUAGUUAUAUGUUGGAAGCUUCACCAGGACAACCAUAUUUAGGUGAUUUAGCACAAAUCAAUAGCGUUGAAGCUAAUAUGAAGCGAAGACGUCGUGAAGUUAUUGAUUUGCUUGAUGAAGACAUUGUACCUAUUACUCUAACUGCCUUUCCCAGGUUGGGUUGUCCAAAUUUUACAUAUCCUGCUUACGAACCUGAUACAAAUAAGAGGUCUUCAGCUCCAUCUCUCUUUUUUCCGUGGGAGGUUGUUGGCUCACAUCCUCGAUUUAAGUCCUUUUCUCAAAAUAUAUAUCUCCGUCGGGGAUCUAAAGUAGCUAUCAAUGUACCGGUAUUCCGUGACGUCAAUACACCAAAACCUUUCGUAGAACAUCUCCAAUAUGGCGAAGAGGCUAUUGAUGGCAAAGAAGAUCACAUAUAUUUAGAUGCAACAGGACAUGGACAUGGCAACUCUUGUCUGCAGGUAGUGACUCUCCAGGCUUACAAUGUUGAUGAGGCAAGACUGUUAUAUGAUCAACUUUGUCCUAUAUGCCCAAUUGUGUUGGCAUUAUCAGCUGCAUCGCCUAUAUAUCGUGGCUUCUUGUCUGAUGUAGAUUGUAGAUGGAAUAUCAUUUCGCAAUCCGUUGAUGAUAGAACUAAAGAAGAACGCGGUUUAGAACCACUUAAAAAUAAUAAACAUCGAAUACCGAAAUCUCGAUAUGAUUCUGUAGACUAUUAUCUGUCUCCAGAAGGACAAGCGUAUAACGAUAUUGAAUUAGUUUACGAUAAAGAAUUUUGUGAACAGCUAGAGAAGGCUGGCGUGGACUCAAUAUUAGCUCGUCAUAUUGCUCAUUUAUUUAUCCGGGAGCCUAUAUCAGUCUUUAAAGAAUUACUAGAACAAGAUGAUUUAAAAGAUUCAGAUCACUUUGAGAAUAUACAAUCUACAAAUUGGCAAACGAUGCGCUUUAAGCCUCCGCCGCUAGAUGCUGAUAUUGGUUGGAGAGUAGAAUUCAGACCGUGUGAAGUUCAGCUAACGGAAUUCGAGAAUGCUGCUUUUGCAGCGUUUAUCAUAUUACUGACUCGAGUAAUUCUAACAUAUGGACUAAAUUUUUAUAUGCCAAUAUCAAAGGUCGAUGAAAAUAUGCAAACAGCACAAAAGAGAGAUGCAGUUCGUAAUGGCAUGUUUUAUUUCAGGAAAGAUCUUGGAAAAGGUAAACGAUUUCGAAUUACGACAUAUUUAAAUAAUAGCCCACCAGACGAAAGCGAAUAUGAACUUAUGUCGAUUAAUACGAUUAUUAACGGGAAGGCUGACGGCUUUCCUGGUCUUGUUCCUUUGAUAAAUGACUAUUUGGCUAGUUUAUCUAUUGAUGUUGAUACUCGGUACUCAUUAUAUAGAUAUUUAUCGUUAAUUCAAAAGAGAGCUUCUGGCGAGCUAAAGACAACAGCUAAGUGGAUGAGAGAUUUUGUAGCUAGUCAUCCGGACUAUAAAAAAGAUUCUGUCGUCUCUGAAAAGAUUAAUUACGAUUUACUGUACGCGUGUAACGAAAUAGUACAGGGCAAACGUCAAGAAUCAGAUUUUAUUGACAAUAUGGAAUCGAAAACUAUAGAUAGUUUUUCUACUACAUAA